AGCAGAUUUAUUAUCAUCUUCUUCAUUUACCUAUCCUUAGUUUGAACCUACUAUAGUUCUUACUAAGAUCACAUUUAUCAGGGUGUUCACAUUGUGUUCAUGACCGGGUUGGCACUAUUGAAAUAUUGCCAUGAUGACCUGGUGAAAUUGCCUUUUGAGAAACUCAUACAUGCACUACGAAACUUCCCCGAGGAUGCAAUGAACCCAGAUACCCUGUUGCCAAUGGCUUAUUCAUUCAAGGUCUCCAAGCGUUUGGAAGAACUGAAAGAAGAAUAUGAAAAGCAGCACGUGGCCGUCCCUCUUUCCCAUGCUAAACAGAAAGAGCCACCACCCUAAGAGUGUGUUCAUUUCUGGUUUCGGCAUUGCACUAUGAAUCAAGCUCCUUAAUUACG